AUGGCAGCCUCUUCGACCAAGGUCGUGGAGCUUGGCUUCGCCGAGCCACCGGAAGCACCUCUUACACCCAACCUUUUUCCAAGUAAAAUUGGCGGAAGACCGGCAUGGUUAAAUCCCGAACACGUAUUAUCUGCCGAACAAGUCAGUUGCGGUGUUUGUGACAAAUGCAUGAUUCUUUUGAUUCAGCUUUACACUCCAGAAGAUCAACCUCCCGAAGCUUUUCAUCGUACCAUCUAUGUCUUUUGUUGCAAAAAUGGAGCAUGUCACAAAACUUCAUGGAAAAAGAGUUUGAAGGUAUUCCGAAGUCAAAUGCCAAAUGAAAAUUCGUAUUGGCCGCCAUCUACAGGAAGUAUUGGCGAAAACGAUUUGGCCGAUGAUCAAUCGGACGAAUCAAGUAACGGAUUUUUGGCCAAUUUUAUAACUGCUAAAUUAUGUAUUGUUUGUGGUCUACUUGGUUCCAAGAGGUGUGGGAAAUGUAGUCAGACCCAUUAUUGUUCGAAAGAACAUCAGACUGUUCAUUGGACGAUUGGAAAACACAAAGUUCAUUGUAUAAAUAGCACAGAGUCACCUUCGUCGGUGGAGGAGCAUGAUAACCUUUGUAGAAAAUCAAUUCUAUUCCCGGAAUUGGAAGUUAUUUCCGAACCCGAAAAGAAUUUGAAUAAACAUGAGAUUGGGGUAGACGACGACAAUUCAUUGCAAGAGGGGAACUCGAGGGCCCUCGUACCUGUCGGCGAUGAGAUUUAUGAAAACACCCAAGUUAACGUUGAUAAAGCUUUUCUAAAAUUUCAAAAGAAAGUUGAACCUUAUCCUGAUCAGGUGUUAAGGUAUGUCAGACUGGAAUACGAAAGCGAGAAAAACGCUGAUCCAUUAUGGGUUAGUGACAUUGGUAAACCAACUCCUGAGGAUAUACCUCCGUGCGUGUAUUGCCAUCAAGAGAGGACCUUUGAAUUUCAGAUCUUAUCCACACUCCUCAAUUACCUUGACAUUGACAAUACAAAGAAGGAUUCCCUUGAUUGGGGAUCAAUAUUUGUAUAUAGUUGUAGAAAUAAUUGUCAUGUGAACAAUAUGUAUUACAUUGAAGAAUUUUUGUGGAGACAAGAUUUUAGUGAGGAAGGUGUAAAUUUAGAUAGGAACAUGUAA